CGGUAACAAUACGUUAUCUAUUUUCGGAGGCAGCGUGUUAUAUGUCACAUAGUGGGAGUCACUUCAUUAAGUCUUGUAGUAUUAUUAGCGGGGCGGUCCCCAAUUCUCCUGUGAGUGGAUAUGUUUAGACGUCUUCCUCUAACCCUACCCGUUUGAGGGCGGACCUGCAUCUCCCUAACCCUUUUUAUUUCGGCUAAUCCUUAUUUUUCAGCUUUUCUCCUUGCUUAAAGGGACUAGUUUGAUGACUAGCUGAUAUUAUUGUUGUGGAAACAUUUUCCUUUACUUUCAGCCGGUCCCGACCACACGGAAGAAGCGCAUCGUUUGUCAUCGCGUAUUCACGAGGGCAUCAUACGAAGAAAAAAAACGCGCAUUGAAAUGGCGGAUUCAGGAAGAAAGCAAACGGAUAUCGAAUCCGCACAUCGCCAUGGCAAACAUACGAAGAAGAAAAACGCGGUUCGUCAUGGCGGAUUCACAAAGACAGCGCACGGACAACAAACCCGCCCUUGCUAGGCCGGUGGCCAUAUUUGAUUGCGCAAUAAUAUGGCUGAGCGAGUAAUGCGGAAGGAAGCCCCUGGGUCGCUUGUAAACCGGCCAUCAAUUGAUAGAAUGGAAGUACUUCCCGUAGUCAUAAGUCACGUGAAUGGAGGGGAGAAGACUUGUAUUGGUGAGCAGGCCUCGCGUCGGUAUACUCAGCGACGGAUUGUCGGAUAGUGAGGAACAAGGUUCAACGAGGAUUAGUAGAGAGGCUCUCGAGCAACCUGUGCGCAGGACGUUUGCAUAUCAUUAUAUAAACACUAUCAGGGUCUAUACACUUUCACUUGGCGGACCAUUCAUCGAGUACACCGCUACGAUAGUGCACACCACAAGAGACCCAGCGGGGCUUACAUUUCAGGGCGUUCUCGAUCAGAGUUCCCAUAACCCCCGUCGUCCUCCAAAAGGAGGAGGAGCUACAGGAUGCUUAUAGAAGGCGUGGCCGUCCUCGUGGUCGUUAUCUCAGCGCUGAUGCUCUUCUCCUUCGGUUCCCACUAUAGAGAGAACAAAAAACUUCCACCUGGCCCCCUACCCCUCCCCCUCAUCGGCAACAUGCUUCAAAUGGGCCCCACCCCUCAUCUUGGCCUCACAGAACUCGCCAAGUCUUACGGAGAAGUGUUUCGGCUCAAAGUCGGAAGUCAUCGGAUUGUGGUCGUGAAUAGUAUCGAGGCUGCUCGUGAGGCGCUUGUCCGUCGUGCGAAUGACUUCGCUGGCCGACCCAUGUUGUACACCGCGAGCCUGAUAUCCCGUAAUGGGACAGAUAUUGCUUUUGGAGACUUUGGGCCUUUGUGGAAACAACAGCGAAAGAUUGCGCACUCGGCUUUAAGGAUGUUUGGCAGCGGUCUCAAACCACUUGAGGAAAAGAUCACUGUGGAGGCGGACGAAUUGAUCAAGAGACUCUCCCUCGUGGAGGGCCGCGCCCACAACCCUAAGGAUGACGUGAACCUCGCGGUGCUCAACAUCAUCUGCUCUUUUGUGUUCGGCUCGCGCUAUGACAUGGACGACCCAGAGUUCCACACGGUCGUCGACUACACGGAACAAUUCGUGCAAGGGUUCCGUGCUGCCAGUUUGGUCGACUACUUUCCAUGGCUUAGACACUUACCAAAUAAAGGGCUGCGACAAAUCAAGGAAGCAUGUCAAAACAGAGAUGUCGUCCUCCAGAAGAAAUACCAAGAGCACCUCGUCACCUACGAACACGGCGUCAUUCGCGACCUAACAGACGCCCUCCUCAGCGCCAACAAAGCCUCCCAAGAGGAAUCUGCAUACCUGCCUAUGACGGAAGACCAUAUCAUCAUGACCAUGAACGACAUUUUCAGUGCUGGACUAGAAACCACCGCGACGUCCAUCCUCUGGUCGCUGGUUUACCUCAUAAGAAAUCCUAAAGUACAAGAGCAGCUGCACCAACAGAUAGACGAGGUUGUCGGUCGCGACAGAGCGCCCGAGCUAUCAGACCGCGAGAAUCUACCUCUAAUUGAAGCUACAAUCGCUGAGGUCCUGCGGAGUAGUUCUCUUGUUCCACUCCUCUUUCCACAUUCCACCACGACAGACACUCACCUUCGAGGGUACGAGGUCCCUAAGGACACAAUCGUGCUUUUCAAUGUCUGGAAUAUGCAUCAUGACCCUCAGAGGUGGUCCAACCCCGACGAGUUCGAUCCUACAAGGUUUCUGGAUGAUAAAGGCAAGUUUAUCUGUCCGGCGACACUUAGUUACUUGCCGUUUUCAGCUGGAAGAAGAGUCUGCCUUGCGGAAUCGCUUGGGAAGAUGCAGCUGUUCUUGUUCAUCUCUCGACUGUUGCACAAGUUUCGCUUCAGUGUUCCUCCAAAUGGACAUCCUCCCAGUCUCGAGGGGGUUUUCGGGGCAAGCCUGUGCCCUAAACCAUUUCGGAUAGUGGUCGAAAAGAGGUCUUGAGUGAGAUGUGCCAAUGUCUUACGGCAGAUGCGGAUACCCCUUUUUGAGUGAAAAAAAUGAAAAGUCACUUUGUUUGCGGGACGGAAGGUACUGUCAAUGUGUCUUCAUCUGCUUGACUUUGCGGACGCAAAUCCAACUCAGAAUUGUAUAGAUUAGAAUUGUUAGAUCUAUGUGACCUACCAAGAACCACUGGAUCAGUUAUAAGCCGUUUUUGAACGUUUCCCGAACUCUACACUAACUCAAAGUAAUUUUUAGUGGCGAAUUCAAGUUAACGAGCUGGAAAUGCCUAAGAUGGCCUGUAUUUAUUAUUGUAAGUCUUGGUGAAUUCUUAUUUUCGCUGGGAAGAGAAUCAUAACUAAUGUCUCUAAAUUCUAAAUCAAUUUAAAAAAAUACAACGUGAUAGAAGGAGACUUAUGGAAAGGACCCGGACUACCAGAUAUUUAUAAACUUGUUGGGCAUCUAAUUUUUAGAGUAAUUAUUUUUGGCUGGUAGCCGUGAAUGAUAUUUUGACGCCAUAUUUUAUAUAAUUUCGUGGGUUUUCGUUGGGUUGAAACCUUUUUUAAUCUUACAAAGAAAACUAAUAAUAGAUCUUCAAUAUUAUACAUUAAUAUAUGCAGACGAUAUGCCAGUUACCGUAAUAAUAUAUAUAUAUAGAUAAUUUCUCCAUGCGAAUUAAUUCAGUCAAUAAACAAAUUCAACGCUUU